AUGCGCUUCUUGGACGUGCGAGCCGGAUGUGUGCGCCGACGAUUCGCGGGAUGGUGGAUGUCUGGCCGGAUGAGGGCCACUGGGGAACGGGCCAACAUGAGGCUCCUGGUGGAUGCCUUCCAUCAAGGUAUGGGGGGCUCCGGGGGGAGCCUCAAAGGCCCUCUCCGUGAGAGCCCCAAAGGAAGGGCCAGCCCCUUUCUCCCGACGGACGAGGAACUCUCGCUCGCAGGCUCUGUUGGGGCCUCAAAGGCUCACAAGGCCUCCUUGUGA